CUGUGAGCGACGUCGGGUCCGGACGAGGAAGGACUGUGAGUCAGAAACUGCCAGAGCUGCGUGGAGAGCUGAGCUGAGCGAACGUGGGGUGCUUCUCCCCCAAAAACCCCGCUUAGAAAAACGCCUACCAAAUGCUUUCUCAUUUGGACCCAGACUCCAAUUCCGGAGCAGCCUUGUAGCUGGAUCCCCUAGGAAGAGAAGUUCUAAAGCAGUGAGAAGAAAGCAUUUCAAUUGGGAUCACUAACUUGCACCUGGAAAUGGGGAAUGGCCUGUCAGACCAGACUUCUAUCCUGUCCAGCCUGCCUUCGUUUCAGUCCUUUCACAUUGUUAUUCUGGGUUUGGACUGUGCUGGAAAGACGACUGUGUUAUAUAGGCUGCAGUUCAAUGAAUUUGUAAAUACUGUACCUACCAAAGGAUUUAACACUGAAAAAAUUAAGGUAACCUUGGGAAAUUCUAAAACAGUCACUUUUCACUUCUGGGAUGUAGGUGGCCAGGAGAAAUUAAGGCCACUGUGGAAGUCAUAUACCAGAUGCACAGAUGGUAUUGUGUUUGUUGUGGACUCUGUUGAUGUUGAAAGAAUGGAAGAGGCCAAAACUGAACUUCAUAAAAUAACCAGGAUAUCAGAAAAUCAGGGAGUCCCUGUACUUAUAGUUGCUAACAAACAAGACCUGAGGAACUCACUGUCUCUGUCAGAAAUUGAGAAAUUGUUAGCAAUGGGUGAACUGAGCUCAUCAACUCCAUGGCAUUUGCAGCCCACCUGUGCAAUCAUAGGAGAUGGACUAAAGGAAGGACUUGAGAAACUACAUGAUAUGAUCAUUAAAAGAAGAAAAAUGUUGCGGCAACAGAAAAAGAAGAGAUGAAUGGUGAUCCUUUUUAUAUUUGUGUGGAGUAGGUUUUCUCUGGCCUGAUGUUGACAAAUGGAAGAGUGUCUACAGCCUGGUUUGCCCGCCUGCCCUCCUGGAUGCUGAAAAAGCUUUGUUUUGUUGAACAAUCAGAUGCCCAACUCUUUUGCCUUGUGGAAGAUGAGUAAAUGCAGUGCUUCUUAAAAUGGUCUCUUCUCCCUACCCCACAAAUCUUCUGGUACUACCAUUUUGGGAAGCCAAGCAUGGAUAGCAAAUUGAUCAGAAAACAGUUGUGGAAAUUUGACCUGAAGUUAGUGAAAUAAAACUUUGAAGAGUG